CUUAUCGUCAUAGCAACAACUUGUCCGAGAAAAGCAAAAGUGGGAAAGAUGGCGGACUUGUUGAACUCUGGCGAAGAUAAGCCAAAAAGAACGCGGGUUUUCGUGAACCAUGUGGAUUUAUACACUGGGAAGAAUAUAAGCAAGGUAGAAGAGAAAUAUUCCCCUGUAAAAAACAACAGUAACAUGGGAAUCAAGGCCCACAAUUUUGGACUUUUGUUGGAAGUUUCAACCUCAAGAAGUUUAUAUGCAAUGCUAAGGCUCUGUGAUUUAAGUAGUAUCAACUGCCUUAAGCUUGGUGUGCUACAAUGUGUUUUUUUAUUUUUCUUUAUCUUGAUAAGAUAAACGUCCCAUUCUCCUGAUUCUUUCACACCCUGGAACAAGAAAUCCACUUUUUUCAUGGGACCUGUUAGGGUAGUUUCCUUAAUAAACUUGAAUGGUUAACUUUAGUAUACUUGUUUUCUUUUAAUUUCUGAGAUUCUAGCAUCCUCUGUUGUUGGAGCUACAGCUGAAGAAGAUGAAGGAAAUGAUGAUGAGUCUCAAGCUAGUGGACAGCCUCAAAUUCCAAAAGAAAGUUGUUAUGAAGUUGUUGGUACCUUACAAGAUCCCACUCAGCACAAACCUGAAUGGGUUGAACAAGUGUUUGAGGUGUGCAGUUAAGUGUAAGCUUAUUAAAAGGUGAUGGUGGGAUAUUGGUAUGUUCCUUUUUUUGCUUUUUUAUCAACUUUGACUCAAUCUUGCUCCAUAAAAAUACAUACAAAAAAAGAAAGAAAGAACUUACCCAGUAUCCGGCCAUCUUGGCCUUGUCUCAUGCUUCGUUGGUAAUUAUUCAUUUUUAUACAUCUCAAGGGUAUUAGAAGGCAACAGCUCAAGGGACACUACUCUACGAACGUUUGGGUGGGGUUGUACCAUUGGGACAAAAUAGAGCCCUUAGCCAAAACCAGACCAUGAUCAACUACAGUUUUGCCACCCUAUUCUAGACCAUGACAGUGACUUAUCCAAAAGACAUUGCAAAUGGGUUUGAAGUUAACUUUUUUGCAUAAGCCUCUUGGCUUCUAAAAAUUUCAAACUUUUGACCAAAGUUAGCUAAGAUUUUACUCCUUCAUUAAUUACUAAGGGUUUAACUCUUACAAACAAAUCCCAGUCAGGAUUGAGUCUAUAGCAUCAAAGUAACCUCACUGGACUUUACAAGAGAUCAUUAUACAAAGUGCUUGCCUGAUAUCUAGAUGGGAGCCAGCAACAUAUUUUCAUUGAGAAAUAUCUGGAAAGCCACCAAUUUUCUUAGUAUAACAAACAAAGAUGUUUGCUUCUCCUUUUCUGUCACAGACUUAUUUUUGUAGUGUUUAAGCAAGGUGAGCAGACGAGUUCUAAUUGAGUCACCAUUUUGGGCACUAAUUUUCUGAAUGUGGUAGCGAUUAUCUGGGAAACUAAGGCCCAAUAGCUCCUGUAUUAGGCACAAUGUCAUGAUCUGUCUAGGCUACAGGUGCAGGAAGCAAAUGUAAAAGUAGUAGUAUUUCUAGACAAGGCACCCUGUCUAACCAUUAAUUUUUGCACCCUUGAAUUAAGAAGAAGCAGACCAGUGUGCAAAGAAAGUAGUGCCCAAAAGCCUAGGGCUUAAGUGGAUUUUGCUAUCAGGCUAGUAAAUUCUGUUCUUCUCUUGUCAACAGACAAGUGAAGAUUUUGGGAAAUAAAUUAUUCAAAUCACAGAAGUACUGUCCUCAAACAUUUUAAUGUGGCUAGUUGGAAUGACAUGUCUUUCUUUGCACCCUGCAGACUGUCCUUAGUAGGUUUGUGCAAAAAAAAUUCAGGAUGCUGAUGGAGAUAAUCUCUGUACUUUUAUUACAUAGUACAACAGCAAAGAGGAUCUGUUGCCCCAUUUACUGGAAUGUGAUAUCAUUGUAUAUGAUAUCACUGGAAGUCCUGACCAGGUGGAUGAAGCCACAUGGGCUGUUUCAGGUAAUUAUUUUUAUUUUCAUACAUUGUACUCACAAUCUGUCUUCUCAUUGGCUGAGAGCCUACUGCACAACCUACAGAUUAGUCAGUUAUCUGCUAGCAGAUAACUAACUAAUCUGUAGGUUGCGUGCGCAGUGCAUGAUUUUCAAUAAAAAUAUCAAGUCAGGUUCCUUACGAUGGUGUGUUUGUCAUUAUUUUCUUCAAAACAAUGUAUAAUAAAAACAAUAAUAUUAUUAGAUUAAGUUUUUGUUAUAUCCUAAAUAAUCAAGGUCUGGGUAAGUGUUAUCAGCCUAGAAUUUAGAAUGUUUAAUAGUGGUAGCUCUGACAUCAUUGAAUGUCUUUCCCUGUUUAUUAUCAGCCCUCCAUGCAGAGUUGGAGAAUUUUAACAAAAUGAAGGUGUUCAUCUGUCUGUCAACUGUUAUGACGUGGGCAAGAAGCAAGCCACUGGAUCCUGUAAGUUACUUAGGCCAGUAGUUAACACUGUUGACUGAGAGAUGGUUUAGGUAUGAAAAAUAUCUUAAAGCAAUAAAAAUAUGUGCCUUUGAACAGUCCUCGACACUGUGUUUACCUUUGGGAAAUGUCAGUGGAAGUAGCGUCAAAGCAUUAAGAAGUGUUCUCCCCCACCCGCUGGCUUACAUGUUCAGUAGUUCUGGCUUGACAUAAUGUUAUUCAUACCCCAUCAUCCUUUAUUAAUGGUUUAAAACCAAGUCUCUUGGGCACUUCAGUCAAAGAAAUUUGAAUGAGCUGAUCCGAAAUGAUUUUGUUGUCCUAUCUGUUGGACUUGUAUUUUGGCCAUUUGAGGUCACAUUUCCCCAAGUUAUUGUGGUUCGAUGUUACAGCAAAUGACAUCUACUCCAACAUAAAACCAUCAUGGUGCAAAAUAAUGAUUAAAUUGUGGAAGCUCUUAGCAACCUACUUCUGGAGGAUGUGACUUUUAGUUCAUGCACUCCAGAAGACACAUUAUUAUAUAAUAUAUAGAUUUAGCCAGGGCUAAAAGCGAGGCUCCCAUUAAUAAAUUUAUAAUUUAAAUCAAACAAUAAACUUGUAUUCCACUAUUCAGUUAACUUUAGAGCACAUUCGUGUCACUUUUCAGGGAAAGGCUAAGUGAUUUUACAAAAAAUAAUUUGCAAGCAGCUCAAGAGUGAACCAAAUCUCACAUCGAGUUGAUAGCCUCAUUAAAGUAUACACCCAAAAACUGGCAAUCACCUUCGAUCACAUUUAUUAAGAGCCAUAAUGGCUCUUGAUCGCCGUAGAUCAUUUUAUUAGACCUGGAAAAAAAAAUUCUGGCCGAAUUUUUUGCGUUCGACAAGUUUACUUUACAAAAUCUUGCCAACAAAUCUGGGUGCGACUGUAAACCAACCUUUUAUAUAAUUUAUACAUCACAUCUGAGGUGAAACAGUACUAUGAGGCACUGUUUUUAUCAUACAGACCUCAGACAACAGAAUGCAGUAUUUCACAAUAUUGCAAUACAAAUUGCUAUCAUUCAAUAUUCAGGACGAUCGCAGCACGCGUGGGCUUUAGCUAAACCAUUAAAAAAAAUUUCAAAAUCAUCUAUACAGCCAGCCGGUUCUGACUUUUGCAGUGCCAGCAGUGGCGAGUGUUUGAAUGAACAUUAACAGAGUUACGCUCCAACAUAGUAAAGAAUUUAUUAUGUUUAUUUUUAUUUUAAAACGAUUUUUUGAGUACUCCAGGAAGCGUUGUUCACUGAACGACUGAAAACAAUCGGCACAGCGAUUAAAAUUGCAAGAGACAGUACUAACAAUUAAUAAAAGAAAUAUAAUUCGGUGAAACAUAUACAGAGACGACAAUUUUCAUUCAGGAAGACAAGUAUUAAAGUGUCUCUAAAAAUCCUGAGUCUUCGAGCGUAAAGCUGAAUUUUGUGUUUUAAGCCGGCUUCCCGGUGUUUGCUAUUUUCAAAGACCAACUCGAGGCAAGGAAAUCGCUCAAACCUUUCUUUUACAGUCAGAAUUAUAACUAAAUAUUCCUUGAAACGUUUUCUUUCUAUUUACGGUGAGAAAAUGUCUAAAGGCUUUUUAAAGAUCUGUAAGCUUAUAACAAACCUGAUACUUGGUCAGAUCAUUGUCUCAAAUCUUACAAACGUGUGUAAACAAAAUAGCCGCAUAAACUACUCUCGACUUCAUUAAAUUAGGAAUAAAAAACAAACAUCAAAUACAAUAAUAAUUAUUACUUAGGCUUACCACUCGAGAUGCAGCUCCUGAAAGGUAUCAAAGAAGGCCAGUAUCGCUUCAGACUUUGCAACCCUCUUACACAUUAAGCAAGGUGAAAACGAAAACGAUGCCAUGCGAAAUCGGAUUUCCGACUUUGACUCAACCAAAAACCCAAUAAACAAAUUAGCCAUGAAUAACAGAAGACUCCUGAUAGAAUCUGAAUUUCAUUUUGUACACCCAGUGGAAAAAGAAAGUUAAAAACAUCACACGUUGACACAAAACUCUGUCAGCUUCAGCUGUCAAAGUAAACAAGAUUCAAGAUGCUGCAUAAAUUUUCCGCAUGAACUCACCUGUCAAAUUUUGACCAAUCAGAGCAUAAAAAUUGGACGUAGAGCGUGACCAACGCGUGAACAUGGCGAGAAAAGUCAAAAGCAACUGUCUUCCCUGCCUGUAGCAGCUGGCUGAAUUUUCUUGUCCGAGGUCAGUUUGAAAUCAAAAUUUUAAUUGUGCGGCACAUAAACACAACAUAUUUCAUAUGAAUUUAAAAAAAAUUAAACUUGAGCCUGCGAUCAUUUGAAAACAAGUACCUUGUCAGCGGAUAACUUCAAAAAAAUACUCGACCUCGAUGGGUCGACACCUGAGCCCGCGAUACGGUCAAGUGAUACCGGUCAGCAGAUACCUUGUUUUGACAGCUGUCAAUUGAUCACAACAUUGAUGUCCAAUAUGUGUAUCAAUUUUCCUGUGCUCCGAUCCCAAACUAGCUAAAAAGUAUGAGACUGAACAUUGAUCGCGAUCUAGUAAAAUAAUUAACUGGUCAGCGGACAGCUUCCAAAUAAAUCAUGUCACCUCAAUGAGUUGACACAUGAGCCUGCAAUAUGGUCAUGGGAUACUGGUCAGUGGCUAUCCUGUUUUGACGGCUGUCAAUUGACCAUAUUGUGAAUGUCCAAUGUAAAAGAUGUGGACUUGGCAAGACACGCCUGAGACACCCCUCCCUUCCUUUUGAUAGUCUCCGCUACCCCACCCGCACAAUCUGUAGAUGCGUACGUACGCUCGGUCAACCACGUGACAACCAAACGAAAAGAGGUUGACCAUAAUCUAUGAGUAUGGGGCUCGACCUGUCCCACGCGCACUUUGCGCGCGUGCGCGAGAGCCCCGCUAUUAAGUGAUCUCAUAAUUAAUUUUAAUUCGAACUUUUUGUAUCAGGACGAUCCAGAAAUAUCUUUUACUGAAGAUGACUAUCGUCGCAGAAGGGCUCAUCCAAACUUUAAAUCACACAUCAGUGCUGAGAAACUUGUAAUUAAGCAUGGAAAGACCAACAAGGCUAAGUUCAUCACUUAUGUGGUUGCCUCUGGAUUGACAUACGGAUCAGGAGAGGAGAUUUUCCACUUUCUCUUCAAGACUGCGUGGCAUGGCCAGGCACCAGCAUUGCAGUGUUUUGGGAAUGGUCAAAAUAUUGUACCAACUAUUCACAUCAAGGAUCUUGCAGCCGUGAUUGUGAAUAUCUGUGAUCAGAAUCCUAAAGUGCGCUACCUAGUGGCGGUGGAUGAUUCUAAGAGUACUCUUGAAGAAAUUGUCAAGGUUGGUGGUAAUAGAUUUCAGAUGAUGUUGAUGUUUAAUGUCAUUGUUGAUAAUCGAAUUAAAGCUGAUGGGAUCAAGCAGUACAAGUUGGUAUGUAUGUGUUGUGUAGUAAUUUGUUUAUUGUUAUGUCUUUAUUUUAUUCUAGAUUGUAAGUGUACAUCUUGGAAAUGGAAAAGUCAAAAAUAUAACCAAAGAGGAAGCCUUACUUAUUAAAGAGCUUGAGGUAUAGUGUACUGUCAUGUAGGCAUCACAUCUUCUUGUAAAUUCCUUAUAGUUACAAAGUAAAGCACAUGCCGGUAAGACUGAUGUUGUAGCACUAUUUAAUAAUCAUGAUUGUAGAAGAAGCUGUUUAAGGCUGUUUUUAAAAGAUUUUUUGAUCCAUCUUUCCUUCACUUUGAUCCACAAUGUGUAUCAGAACAUAAUUUUUCCUCAUGAAAAGAUGAAACCAAUCCAUUUGUGUUUCAGUUGCCACAAAAGCUUUGCUGAAUUGUUCAAUGGUGUACUUAAAACAAAAAAAUGAAGUAGGAGGGUGAAACAAUUUUUUUCCAACUGGCUUGCUCCAGUCAGUUUAAUUUACCACCAAAUUUAAUAGAAGAUUCAGAAGCUGACUGAUUUUUCAAGCCCUGCACCUUUGUCAAUGGCUAUCAAGUCAGUUCGUUUGACCAAUUUUUUGUGUAAAAAAUCAUGAUAAAUGUUUUUUGUUGUUGAUGUGUUGUUGUUUUUUUUUACAGCAAGCUGACUUUGAUAUGCUGCUGGUCAACCUAAGGAUGGAUGCAACUUACAUCAAAGAAGGAAUGAACAUCAGCUGGGUAUCAGAGGUAAUAAAGAACAAUCAACUGAUCUUUUUUCACAGACUUUAUUAAAUUGAAGUUGCAGCAGUUGUUAUUAUUAUCACCUUCACCUUCAUUCUCAUCUUUCUUUUCAUGCAAAUAAUCUACCACCAAAUAAUUAAAAUUAUUCAAACUUAAUCAUGAUCAAGUUUAUCUCAACAUUUAAUUAUGAAAAUUUAAACACUGAGUGCACUCUACGGGCGCUUUCCAAAAGUCAGAACUGGGCGGCUGGACCAUGGCCAGACCAGACAUCUUGCCUAUGAAAUAGGCUUAAUUUCCAAGAGGUUUUACUGAAAGUCACCAUCUCCUUUGUGCAUAAUGUUUAGGAUUUGACUGAUGUGGAUGGUUAGUUUUGAUCAAAAGUGAAAAUCUCAUUACAACCGGAAUGGGCUGCAGGCAGGUCAGUUCUGACAAAAUGGGAAGCGCCCUACUAUACCCACAAAUCACAGGGCUAAUUUAGGCAGGUAGAGCAAAUUAGACAGGUCGUAAUCAUUAUUAUAAUCAUCACCAUUGGAAUCUCUUUCCUCAGAUAGCCUGAGAAAGCAGUUGACAUUUUCUGACAUCACCACUGGUGUCCCUGCAAAAUGAAAUCUGAGGAACAAAUGCAGAAAUUCCAUGUUGAUGAUGUGUCAUUACCCAGAUCUGUGUAGUGCUUCUGAUUGGUAUAUUAAAGCAAGUUUCCCUCUUGGCAUGACCAAUCAGAAAGCACUACCCCUGGGGGGGGGGGUUACUUGGGGAGGUGUUUGCUGGGUAUGUGCCGCUGCCCCUACCCCAAUAUAGUCUAUUCUGUUACCAAUAUUAUAGACCCCAUCUUAGUCACUUGUGGGCAAAUAUGUAAUUUUUGCGAUCCCAAUUUGGUCACUUGCUAUUUUUAUGAAUUGACCCAUUUUUUAAACGAAAUGAAAAACACUUUAUUUUUCACGUACAGUAUAAACAUAAUUUCUGAUACCUUUCCUAACUGUUAGUUAAAUUAUAUGAAGAACUGUCUCACCCCCCAAAUAUACGAAAAUGUGCGACCCCAUUCUAGUAACUGUGUUGAAAAUAGUCAAUCCAGUCGUGAAAACACGACCCCAUUCAGCAGCACAUCCCCAUUAGCCUCUUAUAAGGAAGUACCCCCCCCCCCCACCCACCCACCCCGCUUGUCGCUCAGACUUCAUUCCACAGGAAAACAGUGGUGGCAUUGCAAAAUGUCAGCUGAUUUCAGGCUAUUCCUCACCAUGUCAACAUCUUGCUUGUGUCCUCUUCUUCACUGUGAACAGCUCCUCCAGAUGUAAUCUUUUACUUUACAAUAUUUCAUUUGUAUUUCCUAAGCUCUGUGUUAAAAAUGCCAUGUGAAUAUCAUUUCCUGUUGUAUAUUUUCCUCAAUACUGGUUCACUACUGACACUGCGCUUAAUCCACCAGACUGGACUCACAGACAACAUAGAUGAAGUCAUAAAAGAGUACAAAGAAACAAGAGGCCUUCUGGUAUGAGAAGCUUUUUGCCCAUGAUACAUUAUGUUUUGGUAGUUAAACUGCAUGUGACAUAGUCUUCAUAACAGUCAUUUCCUUUUAGCCAAUCGGAGGUUUAUGUGGGAGAUGCGUGAGGGCAUAGGGUGAAAAGGAGCAUUUUGUAUUUGCUGCAUUUCACUCCAUGCCAGUUCCCUGUUUCUUGCACUUCUCUUGCUUGGCUGAAAGCAAAGCAGGCUACACAAUUUCUUCUAGAUUUUUAAAGAUUGAUUUGAACUGCGGAAAUUUUACAACUGCCACAGUCAUAUAUCCUUGUUUAAAAUAUGUAGAGUUUUGUUCAGCUUUGUCAAUUGCUGUAUGUUGGUGUUAUAUUUUUAAAGUAAUAAACAAGUUGAUGUUAUAUUUGACUUCUUUAGCCAUUGAGAGCAUGUAUCCUUGGACCACCAGCAUCAGGAAAAACCCUUGUCAUCAAACAACUAUGUGAACAUUACAAACUUCAUCACAUUAAAAUCCAAGAUGUUAUUGAUGAAGCAGUGGAAAAACUGGUAAGUACUGACUCUAUCUCAGUCUAUGAUUUUGCUGUUGAAGUGAGUUUCUUAGCAAAUCACACUGUGAGUCAGAGACAAGGAAAGGGUGGGCUAGACUGUGGCCUCUUGAUCUACGGUAAAACGGAUAACAAAAACCUGCAACUUGCUUUGCAACAUUUUUGCAGAAUGAGUGGGAAAGUGAUGGUGAGCGUUUUACCACCCACGUUCAAACCUGUCUUGCAACAAAUCAGAUUGUUGCAAGUUGCCUAAAUGCCGACAUCUGAUUGGUUAAAAUUGCGCAGGAGUCAUUUACUUAACUUGCUGCAAAACAGGUUUUUUAGAGCAUAGAUUGCAACAGACGUGCUUGAGAAAAGAAGAACUACUAUCAGGGUGCUUUUCAUUUGUCAGAACUGGCCGGCCGGACCAUUGCUGGACCAGUCAUUUUAACGAUGAAAUUGGCUUUUUCCAAGGGUUUUUGCUGAAAAACCAUCUCCUUCCUGCACACUAUUUAGGAUUUGACUGAUCUGACUGGAUAGUUUUGAUUAAUAGUGAAAUUCUCAUUAAAAAUGGAAAACACCGUCUCAGUCUCCUUUUGCUUUACAGCGGUUCUUUGUACGUGGUUGUGGAGCGGACUAAACUACUCCCUACUUUCUGCAACAACUUUUCGCAACCAGCAACAAACUGAUUGACUGCAAGACAGCUUUGAUUCGUGCGUGGUAUUUGUUAUUCAACUUGUUUUGCAGCAAUGUUGCAAAACAAGUUGCACAUUGUUGUUGCCCGUUAUACCAAUUACCAAUGUAGAGCUAGUUACCAUGACAUCUGUGAACCAUGAUUACUGCUAACCAGGCUGCAAACAAACCAAUUCUGAAAUAUAAAAAUAUUUAAAAUGUUAACUUCGUUUUUGUAGCAACGUAGCGCCGCUCGAGCAGAGGCCGAGGGCGAUGAUGAAGAUGAUCUAAAGGCGCAAGAAGAUCAAGAAUUUCUGGAGACGUUGCAGGACAGUAAAGAUAGAAAUAGCGGUAAGGAGAGCUACUAUUAAAGACAAGUAAGAGCGACUUUAUCCUGUUUAUCGGCUCGAUUAUAAAGUAUCAUAAAAAAUAAACAAUGAAGACAAUUUUCGUUUUCAAAAAGCUAAGCAAGAAAGAAGUCAAAAAAGAGAAAAUAGUAGAUUAUCUGUGAAGUGUUGACAUCUUUUAGUAAGGUUUGUGGCCAUUUAAUUUUUUACAAAUUACAAAUUCACUCCACUACAUUACAAGCAUUACAAAAUAAGCUAACACUACUAUAAAAAAAAAGGUGUGGAGAAGGAGACAACCAAAAGCGCCAAUGCGCCAUACUAGGGAUGCCCCCACUAAUUAAAAUAUAACAAAAAUAUAUACAAAUAGAAAUCUAAAUGUUCUAGUUAUCCUUAAUAAAGCUUAAAACAUUUCUUUUAAAGGUUGCAAUACUGUUUGAUUCUCUAAUAUGAUUGGGUAAACCAUUCCAUUCAUCUACAACACGGUUAAAAAAAACUAUAUUUAAAACCGUCAGUUCUACUAAAAUUUGGAACAAGGUCCUGUGUGUCAUUUUUCCUCAAGUUGUAACCUGUAUUUCUGUCCUUACAAAAUAUGAGCUUAUUUAAAAUGUCAAUAUCAUAAUGCCCAUUAAUUACAUUUAAAAAAAAUGUAACAUCUCUAGUGAACCUCCUAUUAGAUAAUGACAACAAUUUUAGCUUAGAUAGUCUAGUAUCAUAAUCAUCAUCAGACCUAGUGAUCCAUCUGGUAGCUCUUCGCUGAACAGCCUCCAAUUUAUCAAUGUUACGUUUAGUAUAGGGGUUCCAAGUUUCGCAUGAAUAUUCUAAUAAAGGUCUCACAAGACUACAAUAAAGUGUCUUCAUGGUAUCAAUAUCCUUUAAGUCCCUACAAGUCCUCUUAACCAACCCUAAAACCCUAUUAGCCUUAGCAGUUAUUUUAUCUACGUGUUGGUUCCAUGAAAGAUUACUGGCAGUAAAUAAUCCUAAAUCUUUAUAAACAUUAACACUUUCCAAAGGUUGACCUUCAAGUUACAUUAUCACACUCUGUGGCUUGAUUCAGAAAUUUUGAUCCGAUAUUUCAAGAAAAGAAAGAAAGCAGCAAUCUUCACAGUAAAACUCAUGUGGCAGUUUCUCGGACGUGAUGAGACGAUUUCUUUUCCUAUUUUUAUUGUUAGGUCGUUAUGAAGAUCAAUAUAUCAUCAGAUUUUACAAAGACAAGUUGCAUUCCAUGCCUUGUCAAAAUCAGGUAAACUUUCUUGUUGUCAUUGUAGCAUUAUUUUAACAUCUUUUGCUAUUAAUUUGGAAACACAGUACUACAUAAACUGCCAAUUGCCAACUUGAUACAUUCGGAUUUUUUGUUUUGUUUUAGGGAUUUAUUUUGGACGGUUAUCCCAAAACAUACGAACAAGCUAAAGAAUUGUUUGCAGGUAAGGUUUAUGCGGCUUGGUCAGGGUCUGCAAGGGAGGGGGGCGGUCAUGAUCCCGCAUUCUCGCUACUUUUCAAUGUUAAUCCCACAUACCCCGCACUUGUUUUCAUCGCUUUCGCGGAUCCCGCUUUUUGUUUCCAAAAAACAUACCGCCUGUUCAAAAAGACUAAUUUUGCUACAAAAGCUAACAAAUGUAAGAUUUAGAUUGGCCAUUUAAUCCGACGCCAAGGCCAUUCCAUAAAGGAAAUCGCUUUUUAUAUCUCAAUGCGACGAUAGAGCACCAUAUAAUCUUGAAAGGUGGUCCGGCAAGUGUGCCUACUGACAUCUAGUAGUUACUUUCGAAUAGUUAGCAUCCCUUUCCCUGGAUAAGUGUGUCAAACUCAUAUUGACAUAACAACUUGUGCUCAUUGAGAAAAGUCUAUUAGGGUAAGGCCUCUACUGUUUGUGAUUUCCUUUAACGCGCUGAAGGUUUUAUCUGCUUCUGAAAUCUACUACAGCCCUUUGAUCAUGAGUUCGUGGUAUGGCGGAAUAAAAAUGUUUUCUUUGUGGAUCGCUGCGUUACUUCUGGCACUAGCCAUAGAGUGGAGGGAAAAAAGCAGAGGAAAGGAAGAGGGAGAAAGGAGGGUUUCUUCUCCCUCUCUUCCUGUCCCCAACGCUUUUUUUUUCUGCUCGUUUUCCUUUGGGUCCUCCCCACUAUCUGAACGUUUCUGACGUUAGCAGACUCGUCUGUGGCCGUAAGUAAGAAUGACACUAAAACUAUCAAUGUCUCAAGGUUCGAUCAGGCGUUUUUUUUUUGGAAAACUAGGAAACUUUUCAUUUAACCGGUCUGUUAUUGCAUCACGUGCUCUUUCCUGGUGUCUGGUCGAAAUAGUGGGUGUUCUGUCGGCUCGUCUGUUCACUACUUGACAGUUUCAGUUAGACAAUCAUUAACCAAAUCACUUAGUGUAUAGUUUGCUCAGUUGAUAGGAGACACAACUGAACGCUCGCCUUAUUGAAUCGCAUUUGCCGCUAGAACGUGUAUCUUCACGUCGUCACGAUUCCCCGGUUUCCCGACAGAGAUGGGAAAAAAUCCCGCAUCCCGUGCCCAAAUUUUUGUGAAUCCGCUUCCCGGGUUCCAGUCAAAUCCCAUUUCCCGCCAAGAUAUUUUGCGUUUUCCCAAAUCUCGCGUCGUAGUUUGGUCAAAUCCAGGAUCCCGAAAAUACCCUUCCAGACCCUGCUUGGUGUUAAUGAGAAUCUAUUGUUUAAGUCUAUCGUUCGUUGGAAACAUCACUUUUAAGUGUCUGUUGUUAAAACAAUAGACACUUCCACGGUUUUGUUCAACUUUUGACGUGGACCAGUGAGGGAAAAGCUGUCGACACCACUAGCCUGAGUAUCAGGCGUUUCUGGGAGAUAAUCUCCUCUCCCCUACCCUCUUAGGGAAGCCUGAUACUCAGGCUACGACACCACUGGAAAGAGCGCGUUAAUAUUAGUAAAAUCGCCAACUUUGAAAAAGAUACGUCUUAAGCGUACGAAGAUAUAGGUCAGCAAAGUUGCGAAAAUUUAUAAACGUUCAUGAUGGUGGGGGCAUGUUCGCAAUACCCCCAUACAAACGUCUGUACAAUUUCGCGACUGUGAGGAGCUGUAUCUUCGUUAGUUUUAAACAAAUCGCUUUCAAACUUGGAAAGUUUACUUAUUCAAAGGCGCUCUUUCUAGCAGAGUUGACGAAUUUUCCCUAAUUUGUCCAUGUUAAAAGUUGAAAAACCGUUGAGUGGUCUAAUGUACAGUUGGCGCCAAGUCGCGGGAAGACAAGCAGUCGUUGGCCAAGUAUUGCUAAGCUCGGGAAACCCUGCCACCGACCACCGCAUGCGGAAGAUGCUAUCAGCACGUGGGAAAAUCUUUUACCAUUUCUAAGCGGGAAAAUCCUGCAAUCGAUCUCAGGCGCCGAAUACAUGCGGCAUAAGGACAAGGGAACAUUCGUGCGAUGCGCCGGAAAACAGCGAAGGAAAGAGGCAAUCAAUGUUGCUGUCAUUGGCUAGAGUAAGCUUCGUAGUAGUUCUGAUACUGACGUAUACACCGAAAAUUAAAAAAAAUCAGUUUCAGCCGUAAAGUGCCAGUUUAGCCCUGUUGGCCAAAAUAUGAUUCAGCCUCUUCUGGAGCCAUUUGAGCAGCACAAUCAAGAGCUAUAAUGGUCCCAUUAUGGCUCUUAACACAAUUUAAGCAAAAAAAGCCCCAUCGAAAGCCUAUUCCAACCCCCGCUGGGAUUUGUUUCAGCCCUUGGGUCCAAAUCAGUCCUAGGUAUAUUGGACUGUAUUGGCCCUGAUUAAGGGAGCCACAUUAGACCCAAAAAUAGGACUGUAUUUUACUCACCGAAACGGUCCCCUUUUUGGGGUUAAAGCAGAUCUUUCUGGUGUACGGUAUAUCGUGGUAAGACAGCUUCAGUAAAUUAGUUUGUUUUAACUUUCAGCUGAUGAAGGAGAGGAAGGCGAAGAAGAUUCACCAUUAAGUUAUGACAAGCUUAUUAUGCCAGGUAAAAGAAAAUUUUCCAUGCUUACGGUUCUUUAUCGUUAUUGCGUCGUUUAGACAUCGAGCGCAACCAUGACACUGUAAUAGGUCUAGACAGCGAGCAGUCUCUCUUUUUCUUCAGAUUUAGUGAGAGCAAUGCACGCGCGCGGGAGCGGCGAAGCCGCGAGACGCGCGAAACGAGGGCCCCGUCUCGCGCCAUCAGUCACGCGCGUGGCCAUUUGCUUGUCUCGCGUUUUGCUCGACGGACUACAGAAAAAAGAGAGACUGCUCGUAGUUUAUAACAGGUCUUGCCAGCUCUAUAAGAUACUGCGUGGCAGUUACGUAAAACGGGUAUUAAACUGAGUAUUAGUUAGGUUAAAAACUAAACAAUUCGCUUUGCCCAAUGAAAAAAGACGCUGGUAGUCGGAUGAACCAAUCAAAAGCUCAGAUCAAACACCGGCUGCCAAGCGCGGGAAAAUGCUUACUAGCAAGUUACAUUUGAACCAAUCAAAACUCAGAUCAAACACAGGCUGCCAAGCGCGAGAAAACGCUUACAAGCAAGUUACACUUGAUUUAAAUUGACUUAGAAGGGCCACCAGUUUUUUAAGACAAUCGUGAAGCAAAGUCAUGCAAAAUCAUGGAAAUCUUCAAAUUACUGCUUUCACCAAUCAAUUUAAGCCCAAACUUACGUCCGAUAUUUUUAUUGUUACAGAGGUCGUGGUAUCAUUAGAUGCACCAGACGAAUUCCUGAAAAACAGAGUCAUGAACCUGCCGGAGAGUGUUGUUGCUGGUACACACAACACAGAAGAAGGUUUGUUCCAAAUAAUCCACGAUCAUUCAAAAAAACAUAAAGCGUAGUACAAGAAUUAUAGCUAGUGCAUGACAGUUGUGGAAGCAGAUGCGCUUGAGAGGUUUGUGUAUCCCGAGAGAGGAGGGGCACUCCUUUAUUGGGCCUAAACGGGUACCGGGUAUGUGCAGCUGAACAGGGCCGGUAUGGUUUUCAGGGUCUACGAUUUCACUGUUUAGAAUCUUGAAAAGGGUGUCUUUCUGCGUUGGAAGCAAGAGUGUGAAGGUUGGCGAUGAGCGGUCGACUUUUGUGGUACCAAAAAUUUUUUUCCAAAAAAUCUAACUCCAUGAUGUUAGUUUGAAACUGCUGAAAAGGGUAUGCAAAACGAAACGAAUCAAGGUCAUAAAAUAAGUUCCUUUGGGUAGAGAAAUGGGCAAUUUUUGUCUUAUACAGAGUCAUGGUUUGAAGGCCCCGGCGGCACACCUCCACCCAAGCUUUCCUUGGGUACCCCCGGGUUGUUGAUAUGCAAUUGACCUAACGACCAGCAAGAUGACGUUUCCUUAAUCAAACUGGGAACAACUUGAUUUGGCGGUCAAUAGUGGCACUACUUGUUUGAAUAACCUGACAUGACAGCGCGGCUUGUUCCACUCCUUUCCUUUGCUCUUGGGCGACUAGGGGAUCAUAUGCUGGAAAGCCUGGAUUUCACAUGUUCAGAGCAUCAGUCCCCUAGAAUUUUUCAUAGAGUGCAGCCUUGAUUAUUAUGCGUUCGGGUUUUCUACAGGUUUGAUGCGACGGCUAGCAGAGUUCCGCGCUGUUAACACGGAAGACGAAACUGUAAUGAACUAUUUUGAUGAACUAGAGAUUCAUCCCGAUCAUAUCGGUAAGUGUAGUUGAUUGUCUUUGAUAAAAUCGGAGCUGGGACGAAAUAAAAGCUAAAAAAAGAAUCACUCUGGGCCAAAACAUAACUCGUUGAACACACGUGAAGUUGAACGAGUGUGACAUACAAGGCAGAUGAAACAGCAAUCCUCUUGUUUUAGGUAACAUAACCUGCCAAGGGUUUUUCUUUUAAGGCGCUUAUCAUAUGUCAGAACUUGUCGGCCAUACUAAUCCUGUCGAGAAAGGGACUUUCAUUAGAGACCUUUAGCGCCCAGGGUUUCAGUAGAAACCCCAAACGUCUAGAGGUCAUAUGACCAAGCGGUAGCCUUGCAGCCGUAUGUGGAGUUCUGGACGCCUGGCGGUACGUUUUCAAGUGAAUCACUUACCUGAAAAUCUAACUCCAGGCCUAUUAUAAACCCGUGUGGAAAACUUCAAACACGACUGCAAGACGUGGUCACGUGACUUCUAGAGGACCUGCAGAUCCGGAGUUCGCGGUGUCAACCGCUCGGCCACACACGCCUCCGGCUUUGUGAAAGUUUCAUGAAAAAAAACUAAUAUUUCACUUUCAAAAUUUGCCGGUCUAGCCAUUAAGAACUACGGAUAGGUCUGACUUUUGUUAAAUGGCCUCAGACUUGAGUUUUACUCAUCCUGGCCGAUUUUGAUUCCAACACUGCACGCAACGUUCUAUUUUGAGUAGUCGGCAAGAAUGGGAUCGGCAUCUGUGACCUUCACCGGGUUCAAACCGGUUAAAGAGAACGUUUACCGCAAAAUUUAUUUUUCUCGUAUAAAGGAUCAAUGACCGAAUUGAAUAAGUAUCCUUGCAAAACAUUUUGAAUGGUUUAUUUUUUAUGUAUUGUAUGACUUUGUUUGCAGAUAUAACACAAGAUAAAGCUAGAAAAAUGACCAAGACUGUCGAGCAGAUCAAAAAACUGAUGGGAGCGCCUAGAAAUUACGGUAUGUGUGAGUAGUAAUUAGCCACAGUUUCAACCAAUCAUCAAAGCCGAUUGCCCCUACAUGAUUAAGUUAGACCAGUAAGAUGACUAGAGUUUCAAGUUAAACGGGUGACUAAAUGGAUGAAAGAGUCAGGUUUUAUUUUGUGGGGAAAAAAACUGCACUUUAGGCUACGGGACCCAUCAGCUACGAUUGGCGACAAAAUUGUUGAGACACUGUACUCAAAUGGGUUAACUUCAGAGAACAAAAGAAUCCACACCCCUCCCCACUCCCCUCCAUUCCAAUUUGGGGUGUUUGUUGUUUUCUACAGGUAUUUCGAAUAGCGGCCCAACAUUGCAUGGAGGGGAUGGGAGAGGGAAAGCUUUAUUUUCUUCUUUUGAAGUCGGUAAAAAGUAAGAGAAGCCCUUUAGGGCAAAGUGUUUCAACUAAUUUUGUCGCCGAUUGUAGUUUACACCAGGCACUCCACCCAAAUAAUUAAUAUAGACACAAAUAAUCCAAAUAGAACAUAACAGGGUUAAAAAGAAAACAAUUGGCAGGAGGCAAUUAGUUGGCUCUUUCCGGGCGUGGUCGAGGGUUUGAACUGGGGACGACUGAGAACAAAUCGAGCAAAAUGGUUAGAACGGGACUCGAACCUGGGUGACCCAGAUUUCUUGUUCGACGCGCUGACCACUCGCCCGUCUUCCGCGGGGUCCACAUUUGUACAACUGAGUGGAGAGGAAUGUUCCUUGUUUACGAUUUCGUUUUCCAUAAGUGAACGUAAGAAUGGAAAAUGCAACAUCUAAAUACACUUAUCUAUCAUACCCCUGUGCCACUGCAUUUAAUGGCAACCAUUAGAUAUAUAGUACAUAUUGAAUUUUCUUUCGCUAAGUUUUUCCUUGCCAUAACGCUAUCGUACCAGUGUGAGCACAAGAGAAUACGAACUGUAAUUGAGUCUUAGGGCGCAACUUUUAUGUCAGUAGAUCUUAAAACUUUUAAUUUCUAUUGUUUGUGGUUUUUCAUCAGGUCCGACACCAGAGGAGCUGGCCGAAAUGGAAAGAAUUGAAACAGAGAAACGCGUAUGUUGUUUUAAAAAUUGUUUAUGAAGCCGACCAAUCAGCAGACGAUUGUUUUGUGUUAGCAGCAUAAGCUCUUAAUUUUAGUGUAGUCUUAGAUAUGUUUUAUAAAUUGUCUCACGCAGCUUGAAAAAGAGCGGAAAGAACGAGAGGAGCGUGAAAAAAGAGACGCUGAAGAAGCUGCCGAGAGACAACGCAGAGAACAAGAAUGGGUAAGGAUGAUCUCUAAAAAAUACCAAGCACGUAGACUCUAAAAUGUCCUUAAGAACCAGACGAAUUUUCACCGUGCGUUGGACUCGAAAUCCGGCGGUUCCAGAUUCAAGUCUCGCUGUGGCUGGUCACUAGCUUGGUUUGUCCGUCAUCUUGGGUUCAAAUCCUCGGCCAUGCUUGUAAAAAGCCACCUGUGAACUUAGUAGGGUCACCCUCCUAGUUGGGCCAGCUUUUCUCCGUAUAAAACCUUCAGAUCGCCCAACAGGGUCAACUCGUUCAAGGCGAGACGAGACAAUCAGAGCAUGCGCGAGUGCUGUUGUCAGCUCUUGGCUCAGGCAAACUCGGACAAGACGAGACAAUCAGAGCAUGCGCGAGUGCUGUUGUCAGCUCUUGGCUCAGGAACAGGGUCAAUUUUUUUCUCAUAUAAACCCUCGCUUAAGUUGACUAGGCUAGAAGGGCGAUCCUCUUUCCCAUGACAUUUUUUCUCCAUAAAAAAGGGGCCUAAGGCAAGUGCGCUUCCACUUUAAACAAAACACUUAGACUUCUACUAACAUUGUGGAUUCCUUUUAGCGCAUCCGACUGACUGAAGUCAAACGGCAGGAACAAGAGCUGUUGGAGAAUCAGUCCAUUCCACUUAGGAACUAUCUGAUGAAGCACGUGAUGCCCACCCUCGCGCAGGGCCUUAUUGAGUGCUGCAAGAUGCGCCCUGAUGACCCUGUGGAUUAUUUGGUGAGUUAUCCCUCAAAAAAGGCGUAAGAACAACAUGCAUAUAAAAGAAUGUUAUUUCAAAUCGUUUAUCCAUGAUAUAGAUCGCUUUCACAUGACGAUUUAGCGGCCAUUUUGGUGCAACAAAACAGUGAAAAGGCCACCAUGUUGGUGUACCUAAACGUCCUGUGAGAAUUAAACGCUUUGCUCAUGUUAUGUGUUUUCUUCUACCAUGAGUACCAGAAGUUAUUAGGGAGCUUGAGAAAAGACGUUUUUGAGCGCGGCGCGUCAACCGGAAGUGGACAUUUUGAAUUCUCGGGCUGUGGUUUUUGCCAAUAUUUUCGGGCAAAUUGUCUCCGUAAGAGUGGGGAAAAGGCCCUGACGUGAGUUGCUCAAAAACGCUCUCGUGUGCACCGGAAGGCCGAAGCCACGAUCGGCUGGUAAAUCUUGGCCGUAAUCGGAAACGCGCAAGAAGCGUCUAUGGCACCUAGGGUAUUUUUCUUAUGUUCGUUCCAAAAAACUGCAUAGCAAAGGUGGAAACGAUUUAUACUUAAGGAGCUCUUAAGAACCGGUUUAAUAAGUUUUGGUGCCUUCAUGGUAAGUUACGGUCGUUUCGAUGCAAGUUUAUUCAGUCGAGGUGUAAAAGUUUCACGCACUUGGCUGAAAGAACGAAGAAUAUUUACCCGAAAUGUUUCCCUUUUCACGUGCAAACCAUACUUCAAGUGGCCGAAAUUUUAGUGCAGUUUCACUGCUGGAGUUUGUAUCGAAACGACCGGUUUCCCUCUUGGCAAGUUACACAUCUGAACGAGUGAAAGUUGAAGGGAGAAGCCGGAACAUGAAAUAGCCGGUGAAAAACUUCUGCGAUGAAGCUGACGCGUUUUCCUUUCUUUUUCAGGCCGAAUAUCUUUUCAAGAACAACCCGCAGAUAGAUUAAACGAUGCGAAGAAGUGAAAAAUUGUACAUUUAGAUAUGCCACAGAAGCAUGUUGUAAAUAUACUUGGUAGCUGGUAACAGAUAUUUCAGUUACCUAUGUAACCGCAAAAAUGUUUUAACAUUGGCGUCGUCGUACAUUUCUUAUAUAAAUAAAU